UGGCUUUCUGAAGCUGCACUGACUCCCAGGUGAUUGGUUUAACUCAGCUCAGCUGCUGAAGAAACUCAGAAAACUAUCCUGUUUGGUGUUGAACCUUCACUGAUGAAAGCUCACUGUUGCCAGUUCGGAUCAUCUUAAUGACUUUGUUUGACCUCUAGCAUGUGGAGUCAAGGCUGCAGUCAGGCUGCUCAUGUGAUUACUUCCAGUGGUGAAACCUUGAGCCACAAAGCAACAUCAUCAAUGGCGCAUAAAGCACACCUUGAGAUUUUCCCCUGCACCGUCUCUCAGCUGCUGACUGCUCCUCAGCUCUGCAAUGACUGCUUCACUAUCUGUGACUGUGAGCUCAACCAGUUCCUCCUAUCUCAGGUUUCUGUUGUUGGAGUCAUCAGAGGAUUUGCUCCGUUUGUGACCAAUGUCCAGUACGCUGUGGACGACAUGACCGGUCCACCCCUGAAUGUGAAGCUGUGGGUUAACAUGGAGGACUCUGCACAGACGACUGCCAGUUCUCCAGGAAUGUAUGUGAAGGUGAUUGGAAGCUUACGCAGCUACAGUGGACAGAGGUCACUACUGGCAAUGAAUGUCCGACGAAUAAAGGACCUGAAUGAGAUCAGCUCCCACAUGUUGGAGGUGGUACAAGCUCAUAUGCAGGUUUCCAGAAAGGUCUUUGAUGUGAACAUGAACACCACUGUGGCUUCGCAGCCUGACUGGAACAGUGGGACUCGUCCUCGAGGCGUUUUACCAAAUGGUUUGUCUACAGUCCAGGGCCAGGUGUUGCAUCAAAUCCAAGUGUUCUCUGUCCAUAAUGACGGCAUCAGUUUCCACGACCUGACAAGAAACCUGGACUACAUUAGCAUGCGAGACAUUAGUUUCUCUCCGCGGCGUUAACCCGUUAACCCGUGACCACCGACAUAACAGAAGCAACUCUGAAAUUAAAUUCAGCACCACAUCAUUUCCUGUCGGCCCACGCCUGUUCUCUUCGCCUUCCCAGAGCUGGAACCGAACCGGUGAGCUGCUGUGAAUGCCAAACUCGGUGUGUGUCUGGGCCUGUACGGCAUCAUGUGUGAUUCGCACGCGCCUGCUUUCGCUGUGACCUCGCGUGACAGCUGACUGAAGGUUGGGAGCAGCGUCCCUGUCGUCCCUGAUCAGCCAGGCGAGACUAUCCGAGACACGGCGGAGACAGGGGAGGGGUACCUGGUGACACCCACAAUGCCGUCUUCUGUCACAGCUGGCUCCAGUGAGCAGCCUCCUGUCAGCUGGCAGCUCCUUCGCCAUGUCGUGUCCACACCGGUCCAAGUUUGUCUCCGUUCACUUGUCAUACUUUGUAGCUGAGAUAGAGACAGGACCGGUGUUUAGAUUUGGACUUCUAUGCCAUAAAAUAUCCUUAUGUUCUGAAGGCAUUCAAAAGAGCUAAGAUGAUACAGUUUUGUUAUUUUAUUUUAUUUUUUAUGUCUGACAUGUUUUUAGAGGAAAUAUGGUCAUAAUAGAAGAGCUAUCAUAAA